UAAUAACCUGGUACAGAUAUAAAAAGGAAGGAAACUAUAGUGUAGUCAGUCUAUAGUAUUUGUGCUGCAAAAAAAUUGUAUUGAAGUUGAAGCCAGCUCAGUAAACUAUAUAGAAUAGCUUGCAAAGAUUGAACAUCAGAAAGUUAGUAUAUUUUCAUGCAGACAUGACGAGCGAGAAUGCUGAGGUGUACCCAGGCAAUGCUGCCUACCCUAAUCCAACAGUCCACCCUAACCAGCCACCCCCUCAAGCUAAUGCUGCCUACCCUAACCCAACAGUUGCCCCUAACUAUAACCAGCCACCACCUCCUCAACCUUACCCUGGCUACCCACCAGCUGAUCCUGGAAUGACUGCCUACGACCCCAACAAACAACAAAUGGGACCAGGAGUGCCAGCAGGUGGAAAUCUACCACCAUACCAACCAUAUCCUUCUCAUCAGCAACAACCAAUGUAUGCUCAACCACCAGUUGUCCAGCAACAAAGCAGCAGCAAUGUGGUGGUAGUGAAUUCUCAGCCCACUACAGUGCCUACCAGAGUACUUGUGGCGAGAAAUGAUCAAUCAGCUUUCAUCUUUGCCAUAGUGGUCACGUUCAUUCUGUUCUUCUGUGGCUGCUGGUGGUCCCUUGCCUGCACGAUACCUGCUAUGGUGCUCGGAAGCAUGGCAUCCUCUGCAGGGAGUAGAGGGGACACAGAUACUAAAGGCAAGUACGAAAAGAUCUCUAUGGCACUCACUGUGAUAGCUAUCGUGACUCAAGUGGUGGGAUUUAUCAUUGUGGUUGGUGUGGCAGUAGGGAUAGUCAAUUCAACUAGAGCGGCGAUAAUUUCAUCAUGCUCCUCAAAUCGUUUUUCGUCAAAUUAUUGUUUUGGCUGAUAUGACUUACAGUUUUUUGAGUACUGGACAAAAACAUUGAACAUUAUAGAAUUAUUAUAGCUAUAUGCAUGUAUACAUGUACUAACUAGAUAGAUCUAGUCGUUUUCAGUUCCAUGCAUGUAUGCAGUCAGAGUAUAACUGUAAUUCAUACACCGGUUGAGUAUUGACAACCAUUUUGUUUGCUGAUCAUAAUAAUUAUUAUUUCAACAA